AUGCUGUCUAUGAAGGAAUGGAAUAUAUCUAUCCGUCGAAAUAGUUUGUUGGCCCUGUUCACUUGCAAAGGUCGCAUUUCAUCUAGACGCCUACUCGUUCUCAGGAGCAAACUCCGACUUCGCUAUCUAAGAUUUUUUUUUCUUUAUUUACUUCCGUUCAAUUUUUCUUUCGUUUUCUCUUCUGUACAGUUUUUCUUUCUUUUGAUUUUAUGUACUGCUAUUUUCUUUCUUUCGUUUCUCCAUUCGUUAUUUCUUCCAUUCAUUCAUUUUUCUUUCUCUCUUUUUGUUUACAUUCUAUUUUCUUUCUCUCUUUUCUCUCUCGCAGUUUCUUUCAUUUGUUUUGCUCCGCUUAUCACAAUUUACUUUCUUUCUUUUUUUAAUUCAUUCUUUCUUAGUUUCUCUCUUUUUGUUUACAUUCUAUUAUCUUUCUUUUCGGUCUCCUUCUUUCUUCCAUUUGGUUUGUGGCGUUUAUUUCUUUCUUUCUUUCUUUCUAUCUUUCUUUCUCUCUUUCUUUUUUAUCUCUCUCUUUUUUAUAUUCUAUUUUCUUUCUCUCUUUUCUUUAUCAUUCUUUCUUCCAUGUGUUCCGUUUAUCUCUGUUUUCUUUCAUUCUUACUUUCUUUAUCUUUUUUUUGUUUAUAUUCUAUUUUCUUUCGCUCUUUUCUGUCUCGAUCUUGUAUUUUUUGUUCCUUUAUCUAUCUAUCUUUCUUUCUUUCUUUCGUUCUUUCUUUCUUUCCAUACAUAUUAAUAUUUCCGUUAGUCCGUUAUAAUUUUCCCUUCUUUCUUUCUUUCAACUUUCCCUAUCACAGUUAUAAUUUUUCUUAUUUCUUCCUUGUUAAUCCUUUAACUUUUUCCUCUCUCGGUUAUAAUUUUCAGUUCUUCUCAAUUCUUUUUUUCUAUCUUUCUCUUCUUCUAUAUUUGUCGACACGAGCGGAAAAUGCGAAAAAAAAUGACAUUUUAUUCAAAUCAUGA